AUGUCCACCCAAGCUGUGCGGAGCAAGCAAGACACCUGGAAGCGUCGCAAGAACUCUGAGCUGUAUCGUGAACUGGAGGCUGACUCGGAGUCGAGGACCCUGGAGGCGGCGCCGCAGUUCAUGCGUCAAAAGCCUGAGGUUCUUGCACCUGCCGGUGGAUGGCCUCAGCUGCGCGCAGCUGUGCGUGCAGGCGCUGAUGCUGUGUACUUCGGUCUCGAUGUUGGGCUAAAUGCGCGGGCAAGGGCUGCGAACUUCACGACGGAGGAGCUUCCGGAAGUGAUGCAUUUUCUACAUUCCAACGGGGUCAAGGCCUACGUCACACUGAAUGUAUUGGUCUUCGACCACGAGCUUUUUGACCCUUUGAACUCCGGUCGUCCAGGCAGUGGCACCGCCAUUGAAGCCCUUCAGGUGGUCUCAGAUGCAAAUGUUGACGCCCUGAUUGUGCAAGAUGUGGGCUUGGCUCUGGCAAGUCGAGAACUUUGCCCUCAUAUUCCGGUCCACGCCUCCACGCAGAUGUCCAUCACAUCUGCGCCAGGUGCGUUGUUUGCGCAUGAACUGCUGGGAACCGAGCGCGUCGUGCUUGGGCGGGAGUUGAGUAUCGAGGAGAUCGCUGCCGUUGGGCGGGAUGCGCCAAAUGUGGAAAUCGAGGUAUUUGUCCACGGAGCUCUUUGCGUAUCUUACAGCGGUCAGUGCUUCUCCUCGGAGGCUUGGGGCGGGCGCUCGGCAAAUCGGGGGCAGUGUGCGCAGGCGUGCCGGCUGCCAUAUGGGCUCAUCAAGGACGGCGAGCUUGUGGAUUUAGGCGACGCUACUCGCUACCUUCUGUCUCCGCAAGAUCUUAUGGCCUUAGACUACGUGCCAGCUUUGAUUGACGCGGGUGCAGGCUGCUUCAAGAUUGAGGGCCGCCUGAAGGGUGAGGAAUACGUUGCCCUUACCACUGCAGCAUACCGCCAGGCCAUCGACCGCGCCUGGGAUCAUGGUGAGGAAGAGCCCCCAAAGCUGGAAGGUCCAGGGGCAGAGCUGUUGGAAACCCCCGAGGUGACCCGCGCCGCCUUAGCACAGGUUUUCGCCCGAGGCCAAGAUUCCGAUAAUGAUGGCUUGUCGCCCGGCUUUCUGGAGGGCCCUCGGCAUCAACGACUGGUACGUGGACGGGCACCAAAGCAUAGAGGCGUUCUUGUGGGCCGCGUCCGAGCAGUGCAGGCAAAAACUAACUCGUUUGCGCUUGAGCUCGCUCCUGGAGCAGUGGCCGUUCCUUUGCGACCUGGCGCUGGAAUCUUUUUCGAAGGCAGCGGCAUGGAGUUUGGUGGAGACGAUGCCAUCCUCGGAGCCAAGAUUUCAAAGCUAAGAUUACCCAAAGGUGGAGCCGUCGAAUCAAGUGCUGGCAUGGAAGAAGGCGCUGUCAUCUUUGUCCGGUUAGACUUUCAGGGCGAGACUGCAGAAGAGCGACGAAGGCGUCUUGGCUCAGAGGUAAAGCCGGGCGAUGUCGUCUGGAGGAACAAGGAUGAGGCAUUGGAGCAGCAGGCACGCAUGAUCAAGCUUUCGCAUUUGCCAGCGAACCGACAGGUGGCUGGGCAAGAGCCUCCUCAAGAAAGACCUAAACUUCAAGCUGGGGAUGCACAGAUUGUACAGACCUUAAGCAGCUUAGUCUCUCCUCCUCUUCCGGCGUGGCCCCAGCAGAAGACGACCUCCUUUAUGCAGUCGGAGCUGCCCGUACCACGCUUGACCGUCCUCUGCCGCAACCCAGAACAAGCAGCAGCGGUGUUAGCAUUGCCCCGUGGCUUGGUCUACGAGCUUCAGUUGGAUUUCUUGGAGGCAAACGGUCUGCAGGAGAGUGUGGCAGCUGCACGGGCAGCGUCGCAGCGCGUCGCCGUGUGCUUGCCGCGAGUAAUUAAGCCCAAUGAGGACCGCCAUUGGCAGUUCUACCGCCGCUUGGAGACAGACUCCCUCCUGGUCCGGGGCAGCGGAGCUCUCUAUCAGCUGCUGGGUUUGGGCGAAGAUGGUGGGCAAGGCUACGAUGGUCCGGAGGUGAUCGGCGACUUCAGCCUGAAUGCGGCCAACGCCUUGACGGCUGGCUUCUACCUGGGCCUGCCAGGUCUGCAGCGUCUAACACCGACCCAUGACCUCAGCGCCAUGCAAAUCUGCCAGAUGGCCAAGAGGCUGGGCCCAGAACGAGCUGCCAGAUUAGAGGUGGUAGCCCACCAGCACCUCCCAAUCUUUCACACGGAGCACUGCGUCUUCGCGCGGUUCCUGAGCAAAGGGAAUGACUUCACAGACUGCGGCCACCCUUGCGAGCGAUCCUCGCUGCAUCUCCGGGACUCCAAUGGCAAGGACCACAAGGUUCUUGCAGACAUGGGCUGCCGGAAUACAGUCUUCAACGCCAAGGCACAAUCCGCUGCCAUGGACAUUGCAGCCUUCGCGGCCGCGGGGGUAGGUUUUCUUCGAUUGGAGCUGGUGGAUGAGCCGGCCGAGUCAGUCGCCACACUUGUGAAGCGAUACCAUGCGGCAGCGCGGGGCCGACUUCCCGCGGACAAGCUUUGGGGCUUCGUGGCCCAGCUCACGGACUCCAACGGACGAUGUCAAGGAGUCGAUCGGGGCAGCUUGGACGAUGCCAGUUGGCGUGAACGAGAUAAAUCAGAGAUGAAAGAGCGCUCGCAAGGUCACGCAGUGCAGUGCAAGCGAGCUCUGGACAAAUUGGGCAUCCUGGGAGCGCUAAAGAUGUCUCCAGGGACGGCGACCGGGCGGCCCAGGGACGCUUGCAACGAUGCACUGAGCAGAGCGGUCGGUAAUGCUGUGGGUGGCUCCGCUGGGGUUUCCUCGAAUGAGGAACAAGGCCGGUCCAAUGAUGUGCUGGCCGUUCUGGGUGCCGGUCCGAGCUCCCCUAAGGGGACGGGAAUGGGAACCGCCUUGAACACGGCCGCGGUCUCCGUGUCGCAGGAUGGAACGGCUGGAGGCAGCCCGCGCGCGCAAGUCUCCGGGAAGGGUCGAGAGACCGACGCCACAGAGGAAAACCUGGCAGCCAUCGGACUGACUGUUCAGCGGAUGGAGACUGUCCAAACUUCGGAGGACGCAAGUCCUAAAGCAGACGAAGUUGAGCCAGCAGCUGUGGAGCCUGCAGAACCGUCGGACUGGCAAGGCGAAGGGGAAGAGGAGAUGCCAGCUGUCGAAGGUGAGUGCGAUGUCGAGGAGGAAGAGCUCCUUUCCGAGGAUCACCUCCGGAGCAUCCGCCGCCUCAUGUUUGUCCUGCGGCUGUGGAGCGGACACAAGGCUGCAAAGAGCGGGUCGGGCGAGCAGCUGGAGGCUUCAGAGCCAUCGUCCGAUGCUGGAGCCAAAGAGCAGGACGGCGAGAUGCCUGUGCAACAGGUGUUCGAUGUUGUGGCCAGGGUGAAGGCCAGAUCAGGCGCUAUGCUGUGCAGCCAGCGGAGCUUCGAAAGCCUUCUGGAGAUUCUACAGAAGGUUGACAAGGCCGGCGGCUCCAAAGCAUACCAAAAGAUCCCUCUCAGCAAAGUGCGGGAGGCCUUCAACGAGCAAAUCGCCCUGCAGAUCAGCCUAUCUAGCUGCUCGGCAGAACAUCGAGCAGCUAGUCCAGCAUGCCUCCUCGGAUGCGUACUUGCCAUCUGUGCUUGCAUGGCUGCACAGACAAAGACGUGCUAUCACUGUAAAGUCAGCAGCCAUCGGCACUGUGCGGACUGUGCUGCAGUAGGCAUGUUAGGUCGAAAUUAG